AUGCAUAAUACGAUAACGAAACUACUUACUGGGUAUCGCCUCGCCGUUGUUGAAGAGGCCCCUGCCUUCACCGGCGCCAAUAGCUGCAAUAUGCGGAGUCAUUUUACGAGAUAUUCUAAACGGAAAAUCCGAACAAUUCUUCCAAUUGUCAAACUUUGCAAGAGACUUAAUUUCUCAGAUUAUACCAAGCAACCUUCGAACACAAUGUCUCCAGACACUGUCAACGUUUCGGCGCCCACCCCCCCAAACACCGGUCCAAUUUUCUACCGCAACAGCGGAGGCCAGUGUAUCGUGAUGUAG